ACCUCGAUCCAGCAUUAAACACUGCAGGUCUAUGAAAACACUCCAAAAAUGGCUUUAAAGUCAGAAUGGAGUUGACUGCGCUUACGGACACGUUAAGGCUCCCCGGAUGUUGGGGUUCGGCAGCAUUCAGGACCGGGGGCUCGUGCCGUCAGCCCGCGCUGUGUCGGCGCGCGCGGCCACCGAGCUCCGGCUCGGCCCGGGAAGCUACGAGAACCACGCGGUGGGAACCAUCCUUCACAACCUUCAGAGCAGACCAGAGAGCAAGAGGGGCUACAUUUUAUCUCGCACCGCUUCUCGCUUCCCAUCUAUCUCCCAGGCAUACACUCCCUCUGCACAUGAAGAGCAGCAGGACAGGAGCCUAUCAAUAACAUGUUCUCCUGCAAGAGCUCCCUUCAACUCCUCCAAUCAGAGGUUUAGAUCAAACACGACUACACUGUUCAUCACACCAGGUCCAGGAACAUAUGCUCAUGAUACUCCACGCAAUCAGAAAGUCUCCUGGCCCAUGAAGUUCGGCUCACCAGACUGGACACAAGUGCCCCAACCUGAAAGGAAGGCAGCUAGAAAGGAGCUUCUCUGUGACAAAGAGUUCAUCAAACAGAGAAACCGAGUGGCGUACCUGCGCCUGUUCUACACUUGAAGCUGAUGGACAGAAGCAGCAGAAGAUAUGGAUUCAGGAAUUAAGUGAAUAAAUAAACAGCCUAAAGCUA